AAGCAGAGCACUAAUGGUAACUGGUGUCACUUCCCAUUCACUUUCUAAAGCACGAUCACAUAUUCACAUUUAUUUAGUUAGAGAAUCAAACUCAAUAGCAAAACCAGAAGCCAGAAGCUGCUUUUCUGUUUCUCUCUUUCUCCCAAGAAAAACAUGAAAGGUUCUAAAUUCAAAUCACCGACUUCAUUUUCUGCCAUUUUCUUGGUGUUUCUCACUCUCUCAAGUGGGUAUACGCCUAGCCAUUUUGCAUAUGCGUCGGAGAAUGAGGCGUCGCCCGUCAAAACUAUUGUAGUUUUAGUGAUGGAAAACAGAUCUUUUGAUCACAUGUUGGGGUGGAUGAAAAAAACCAUAAAUCCCAUGAUCAAUGGAGUCACCGGAGAUGAAUGCAACUCUGUGUCAACCAAUAACUCACGCUCGCUGACCAUUUGCUUCACUGAUGAUGCCGCGUUUGUGGAUCCGGAUCCGGGUCAUUCUUUUGAGGCUGUGAAGCAACAGGUAUUCGGCUCUGGGACUAUUCCUUCAAUGGCUGGUUUUGUAGAGCAGGCACUAUCAGUGUCCCCAAACUUAUCUGAAACUGUUAUGAAAGGCUUCAGGCCUGAGUCUGUUCCUGUUUAUGCUUCUCUUGUACAAGAAUUUGCGGUCUUUGAUAGGUGGUUCUCUUCAAUUCCUGGUCCAACUCAACCCAAUAGGCUUUUUGUUUACUCUGCUACUUCUCAUGGCUCAGUAAGUCAUGUCAAGAAGCUCCUUGCUCAAGGUUACCCUCAGAAAACCAUAUUUGAUUCACUCCAUGAGAAUCGCAAGGACUUCGGUAUUUACUUUCGGACUAUACCCUCUACUUUGUUUUAUAGAAAUUUAAGGAAAUUGAAGUACAUAUCUAAGUUCCAUCAGUAUAAUUCGAAGUUUAAGGAAGAUGCUAAAAAAGGGAAAUUGCCUAGCUUAACUGUAAUUGAACCAGGGUAUUUUGAUCUUAAAGGCAAUCCUGCAAAUGAUGAUCACCCAUCGCAUGAUGUUGCUAAUGGGCAAAAGCUUGUUAAGGAGGUUUAUGAGACACUGAGAGCAAGUCCUCAAUGGAAUGAGACCCUUUUGGUCAUUACUUAUGAUGAACAUGGUGGGUUUUAUGAUCAUGUUGAGACUCCUUAUGUCAAUGUCCCUAGCCCAGAUGGAAACACUGGUCCUGCUCCUUCUUUCUUCAAGUUUGAUAGGCUUGGCGUUCGAGUGCCAACAAUUAUGGUCUCCCCAUGGAUCAAGAAAGGAAAUGUGAUAAGUGGCCCCAAAGGACCUACUCCAAAUUCUGAGUUUGAGCACUCUUCUAUCCCUGCAACCAUAAAGAAAAUAUUCAAUCUGUCCUCCAAUUUCUUGACUCACAGAGAUGCUUGGGCUGGCACAUUUGAGGAUGUUAUUGGUGAAUUGACCUCUCCCAGAACAGAUUGCCCUGAGACCUUGCCUGAUGUUGCACCAUUGAGGAGUACUGAAGCAAAAGAAAAUGGACGACUAUCCGAAUUUCAAGGUGAGUUAGUUCAAUUAGCAGCUGUUCUUAAUGGGGAUCACUUCUUGAGCAGCUUCCCCAGUGAGAUGGGUAAGAAGAUGACGGUAAAAGAGGCCCAUGAGUAUGUUAAGGGAGCUGUUUUGCGGUUUAUAAGAGCAAGCAGAGAGGCCAUCAAAUUGGGAGCAGAUGAAUCUGCCAUUGUAGAUAUGAGGUCUUCACUCACAACUAGAUCUUCAAUUCACAAUUAGUUAAUCCUCUGGAAACCUACUCUGCAUGUUAGAAUCUAUUCAUCACAAAAUGUAGAAUGACUUUCUUCUCAUCAUAUUUGUAAUGUGAAAUGUAGUAAUAUUGAGGGACAUUUGAUUCAGGAUAAGAUUUUUUUAUGCUAGUAAUAUAUCUUUGAUUAUUGAAAUUA